AUGUAUGCCAUGAAGGUCCUUCAGCCGUGCCACUGCUUCUCCAACCUGCCUCCGCUCACUUUGGACAACAUCAAGGAGCAUGUCCUGUACGUGCUGAAGCUGUACGAUGAGAUAGACCCCGAGAAGUUGACAGUUGACUCCCACUUCACGAAAGACCUGGGCCUGGACAGCCUGGACCAAGUGGAGAUCACCAUGGCAAUGGAGGAUGAGUUUGGCUUAGAAAUCCCCGACGUUGAGGCUGAGAAGCUGAUGUGUCCGCAGGAGAUUGUCGAUUAUGUAUCUGAUAAGAAAGACAUGUAUGAAUAA